UAUCAAAUUGUCUUCAACGGAGUAUUGAAGGCUGAAUUUGCUCAGCUCUCCUACGGAAGAGGUGAAAUGAAUACUUUUCCCCAACUCGCAUUCAAUGUUUUUGACCCGCUGUUUCAGUCUCACCCACCCCCAUUGAAUAUAGGAAAAAGCUUGACACCGACAACUGUCUUCCGAGUCCCUAAAGAGAUCGGAGGGAGAGAGAUAUCUCGUAGCGACGGAAAUGUCUGAACAAAGCGCAAACCCCAAACCAAAUAUCCCAUGGACGGUGAAGCUCGCCGCGGGAACUCUUUCCUGGGUCUUCGACGCCUCAUUACGCCCCAACGUGAGCAUCAACCGUCGCCUCCUCAACUUCUUCGACUACAUGGUCCCUCCCUCUCCCAAUCCCUCCGACGGCGUUGCCUACUCCGACAUUACGGUUGACCCUUCUCGCAAUCUAUGGUUCCGCCUCUACAACCCAACCCCCACCUCCACUGGCACCGAUCCAAACGACGUUGUCGGCUUGCCCGUCAUCGUGUUCUUCCACGGCGGCGGCUUCGUUGGCGGCUACGCCAACUCGAUUUUGAUUCACAACGCGGUGCGCCAGCUCGCUCAAGACCUCCACGCCAUCGUCAUCUCCGUCAACUACCGGCUGGCGCCGGAGCAUCGGUUCCCGUGCCAGUUCGAAGACGGAUUCGACGCGCUGAGAUUCGUCGACGAAAUGGACGGACCCGAUCUGCCGGUCAACGCUGAUCUUAACCGUUGUUUUCUCGCCGGAGAGAGCGCAGGAGGGAACCUGGCCCACCACGUAGCGCUCAGAGCCGGCGAACACAGCUUCAAGAGGGUGAACCUCCUGGGGCUCAUAGCAGUACAGCCGUUUUUCGGAGGGGAGGAGCGGGUCGAGUCCGAGAUUCGAUUUUCCCGCGGCCCGAUAUUGAAACAGGACCAGACGGACUGGUUCUGGAGAGCUUUUUUGCCGGACGGGUCGGACAGGGACCACCCGGCGGCGAAUGUGUUCGGACCGAAUGCUGGUGAAAUCUCGGGCGUGAGGUUCCCAGCAGCGCUUGUUUUCAUUGGAGGGUUCGACCCGUUACGGGAUUGGUGCAUGAGGUACUACGAGGGGCUGAAAAGAUCCGGAAAAGAAGUAUACCUGGUGGAUUAUCCGAAUGCGAUCCACGGGUUCUGGAGCCUGGGCGUGAGGCCCGAAUGUGGUUUGUUUAUAGAGGAAGUGAGGGAGUUCAUGCAAAAACAAAUGGCCAAAUAAAAUGAGAUUGUUCAAAGAAACGCAAUUGCAUUUGGUCACCCAGGAGGUACGGAUCCCUUCAUGCUGUCAAAGACUUUUUUCAGUGCGGUCAAUCUCUCUCACUCUCUCUCUCUCUCAAAAAAAAAAAAAAAAAACCUGAAAUAACUGAUCACUUCAAGAAUAUGUUCUAAUAAUGCCUUUUUCUUUAGUGAUUGUAACAUAUUGCUGCCAAUAUUUUGCUUUUUGGUCUCUUACAAUGCCAUUAUUCCUCUAGGCCUUGUUUGGUAAAAGGGUCGGUUGGCCUACAUACUAUUCAUCAUC